AUGAUAUCCUCAUCAAGCAGCUUCUCCGGUUCCUACUCUUUCACCAAGUCCAACAUUGAUCAAGAAGGAUGGGUUAAAACCAUGCGUAAAUCCAUCGUCGAACCAGAUGAUGAAGAAAUAUCUAAAAUUCCCGUUUGUAUCUACAUUGUCCCUAAAGUACUCCUUGCCACUGAUCCUGAAUCCUAUAUCCCACAGCAAGUCGCGUUAGGUCCUUUCCACCAUUGGCGCGAGGAGGUAUACGACAUGCAAAGGUACAAGCUUGAAGCAGCACGACGUACCCAGAAGUUCAUGAAUACUAGCUUCGAAUGCAUGGUGGAGUCGAUGAUGAAACAAGAUGAGCCUAGAAUCCGUGCUAGCUACUAUAAAUUUCUUGAUAUGCCUGGAGAGGUACUGGUUUGGAUUAUGGCUGUUGACAUGGCGUUUUUACUGGAGUUCCUUCGCGUGUAUUCCAUAAAAGAACAACGUCGAACACUUGAGAAGGUUACCUCCUCGAUGUCUCAUUUGGUGGAUGCCUCCGGGAAGAAACUGUGCCAUAUGGCGAUUCUUCGUGAUUUGGUUAUGGUGGAGAACCAGAUCCCAUUGUUUCUGAUGAAGACGAUGUUGGAGCACAAUCUUCGAGAUAAUGAAAAGAAAUCCGCAGCAGAGACUUUGAAGUUGAUGCUGAUGGGGUUGUACCACGAGCUUUCUCCAUUUAAAGAACAAGAGUUGCCUGAUAUUGACAUCGACGACUGUGAUCACCUUCUCGACUUUCUUUACCACAUGACUGUGCCAAUCAACAAAGAACUCCAUAUCGAAGCCAUAGAGGUAGAGUAUGAAGGUAUCACCGAGGAAGCCGGUGAUGGUGAUCAAGAUAAAGAAUCUUUUGCAAAACCUAGUGAUCUUCGACGGUUCAUGGAUUUUAUCUGGAAAAUCCUUUCCAAAUCAAACGCCGCUCUCUUAAAGAUUUUCAAGAAAAUAAUUUUCGGCAAACCAGUUACAGUUGUAAUGAAACUGCCUUGGAAGAUCUUGUCUAACCUUCCUAUACUCAAACUCUUCAAAGAACCCGUAGAAAACAUGCUUAGAAACUUUCAUGGUGGAGGAGAGGAGAAAUCAAAAGACGAUAGUAACGAUUCCAAGGUGCCACUAAUAGAGGAAAUAAAGAUCCCCUUCGAUAACGCAACAUCCACACUAUUCCUCCCAGUAGUCAAUCUGGACGUAAACACAGAAGUUUAUUUGAGAAACUUGGUAGCAUACGAAGCCUGUGUUGCAGCGGGGCCAUUGGUGGUGGCCCGUUACACCGAGUUAAUGAACGGAAUAAUCGAUACUGAAGAAGGCGCAAAGCUUUUGAGUAAAAAAGGGAUAGUUUUGAACCAUUUAAAGAGUGAAAAGGAGGUUGCAGAUUUAUGGAACGGCAUGAGUAAAUCUGUGAAAUUAACCAAAGUUCCCAAAAUGGAUAAAGUUAUUGAAGAUGUGAAUAAAAGGUAUGCUAAAACAUGGAGGGUUAAAUUGUCGAAGUUCAUGAAGAAGUAUGUAUUUGCAUCUUGGAGGAUUCUCACUUUGUUGGCUGCUUUGUUUCUCUUGUUCUUGUCGACUGUACAAGCUCUGUGCUCUGUGUACAGCUGUGCUCGUGUGGUCAGUCAGCUACCAGAAAUACCUGAAGGGACUGUCGAGUGA